AUGUGGCUCUACCUGGCAACCCUCGUGACCCUGUUCUACCUUGUGCGCUGGUACCGGGAGAGGCAGUUGGUGAGCUACCUCCCAGACAAGUAUGUGCUCAUCACAGGCUGUGACACAGGCUUCGGAAACCUGCUGGCUAGAAAGCUGGACACGCGAGGCUUGAGGGUGCUGGCUGCGUGUCUGACGGAGAAGGGAGCUGAGCAGCUGAGGGGCCAGACAUCAGACAGACUGGAGACGGUGAUUCUGGAUGUCACCAAGCCAGAGAGUGUCGCAGCAGCUGCCCAGUGGGUGAAGGAGUGCGUAGGGGACAGAGGACUCUGGGGCCUGGUCAAUAAUGCUGGCAUCACCAUAUUCUCAAUUCCCAAUGAAUGGCAGACCAAAGAGGACUUUGCGACUGUCUUGGACGUGAACCUGUUGGGGCUGAUCGAUGUGACUCUGAACCUGCUGCCCUUAGUGAGGAAGGCGAGAGGCCGCGUGGUCAACCUCUCCAGCGUUGCUGGCCGGUUGUCCACUUUUGGUGGGGGCUACUGCAUCUCCAAGUUUGGCGUGGAGGCUUUCUCAGACUCCCUCAGGAGAGAGCUGUCCUACUUUGGGGUGAAGGUUUCCAUAAUCGAGCCUGGUUUCUUCAAGACUGAAAUGUUAAGUAAGGAGAGAUUCUUAAAGACCCUUCAGGAGUUUUGGGACCGUGCCACACCGGAGGUCAAGAAGAUCUAUGGCGAGAAGUUUCUGGCAUCCAACGUGAAAAGAGUCGAAAAACUCGAGCAAAGGUGCACAAAGGAUCUGUCCUUGGUGACGAAUUGCAUGGAGCAUGCGCUGACUGCCCGCUACCCCCGCACGCGCUAUUCUGAAGCUUGGGAUGCCAAGCUUCUCUACCUUCCCAUGAGCUACUUGCCCUCCUUGCUGGUGGAUGCCGUGAUCUCCUGGGGCUCUCCAAGGCCAGCCAAGGCCCUGUGA